UCGACUCGAGUAGUAAAGUAUUCAAGCUCUAUAACGUCAUAUGCCGUAUAACCUAGAUUUUCUCCCGAAAGAGUCGUCUGCUAUUUUGACCCCGAAGCCCGUUCACGCUACCCCGGUCUGAGUUUGUAUUACAGUACAUCGGAUGUGUGACAUACGUGACCGUCCCUUCGUCCUCACCCCCAGGCUCACCGUACCCUCCACCCCGGGGAAGGGCCGGCCAAGGUGUGGCUAGAUGUGGAGGGACGCAUGCAGUCGGUUAAAUGUCUCUCAAUGCGAGGACUCCUCCGGUCGGAGACAGCAAUGCCUUUGCCUGGGAGUCACCAGAAGGCUCCAGAUUUGGUAUCCUGGAACUCAGGAAGGAAAAGUCGCGUGAUGCUGCUCGAUCGAGGCGAGGGAAAGAGAAUUAUGAAUUCUACGAACUAGCCAAGCUUUUACCUCUCCCACCAGCUAUUACGAGCCAGCUGGACAAAGCCUCAAUCAUCCGACUUUCAAUAAGCUAUCUAAAAAUACAGGACUUCUCUUCACAUGGUGACCCACCCUGGGCCAGAGAUGCUUCUCACACCAAAACUCUCAAAAGUCAUAGCCGCCGUCGUAAUAUUGCCAAUAUAGCCUUGGAUGUAUUUGAAUCUCAUCAAGGGACCCAUAUUUUACAGUCUCUGGAUGGGUUUGCAUUUGCUUUGGCAAGUGACGGGCGAUUCCUGUACAUAUCGGAGACAGUUUCCAUAUAUCUAGGUCUUUCUCAGGUAGAGGUCACUGGCAGCAGUAUAUUUGAUUACGUCCAUGUCCAAGAUCAUCAAGAACUAGCUGAACACUUGGGACUGGGAUUUCCACAUGCCUCCAGCAGUAGUGGUACUCCGUCCCCCGGAUCUCAGUCUGACGAGGGGUCAGCCCCUACAACACCCAGUGUCCUGUCCUCCCCACCCCCAGAGAGAGCCUGCCUGAUGUCACCGACUGAGAAGGGGAUCGAGCGGUCAUUAUGUCUGAGGAUGAAAUCUACACUAACAAAGCGAGGAGUACAUGUCAGGACAUCUGGGUACAGAGUUGUGUAUAUUGUCCUUAAACAGCGCCCCCAGAUCUGUUUUUCCCUGAACAGGAAACAUCCUCCACAGAUCAUGGGCAUGGUUGGCUUGGCCAUUGCCCUGCCUCCCCCGACCAUCACGGAGCUCCGUAUAGAGAGUGAUACCUUUAUCAUGAGGCUUAAUCCUGACUUCAGUGUUAUUUACUGUGAUACAGCGAUUUCUGAGCUGACAGAUUGGUCAAGUGAAGAUAUCAAUAAUAAAGUAUUGUACGACUUCUGUCACCCAGGCGACCUUAAUAAACUACGCAGAUCUCAUUUAGACAUUAACACAAAGGGUCAGGUGUUAUCAGAUUACAUGCGAAUGAUGAACAAGUGUGGAGGGUAUGUGUGGAUCCAGGUGUGUGGUACAACUCUGUACAGCUCCAAGACUUCAGAUGACCACACGAUACUCGUCAUCAUCUAUGUACUCAGUGGUGUGGAGUAUGGGGGCUGUGUGAUGGACACAAGUCAGCUACUGACCACAGGACCAACAGAGACUGACCAUUCAGACAAUACUGACCAUAGUGAGCAGGGCUCAGACCAUGGAGGGAGAAGUAACCAUGACGCCCUUCAUCGCCCCAGGGAGAGUCCUGGAAAUGACAGUAAGGACCCUCCGUGCCUCAGGGUCACAUCGCCAGUGUCCAGUUCCACGUCUCUACAGCGGUCAAAUAGGUCCGACUCUCAAGAGAUUGACAGCAGCAGUCACGAUAACAAAACAUUUAAUGGUAUUGUGAAUAGCUCUCAGACCAAUAACACUUUCCAUUCCAAGAAUUGUGAAUCCACAGUGGGCAAUGCCGUACAGGAAAAAGUACAUCUGUUAAAAAAUGACUACAAAAAUUCACGUAGAAAAGCUGACCGACCAAAGCGUCGGAGACGAGACUAUGAUUGUCUGAGUUCAGAAGUGGAGGAUUUCCAGUCAUCUGUGUCCAAACACAGUCCAAUGGAGCAGGACAGGUGUUGUGAAGUGACCUCGGUCUGUACUAACCAUGCUAUCAUGGGCUCUGUGGACAGCACGGAGCGGUCAAGCUGUAGUGUACCUGAAGAUCUUUCUCUCCACAACUUCACCAUGAGGCAAGCUGCUGUGGUCAGUACUCCAGGCUGCGAAUCUCAAAAUAACAUUUCUGUCAAUUGCUGGCAGAAAGGCACCAAAGAACGCAAAAAAGAACGAGACAUGCAAGAGAAUCCAUCCAGUUCUGUUCAGGACCUGGAGGAUGUCAUGAAUAAACAUUUGCCAAAUCUGACCAAUCACAUUGAAGCAGUAGUAAGGACUUCUCCUAAUGAUCUCACAUCAAGUAGACAUAUGUCCAACUCCCUACAGAAACAGCACUCAACCAUCCAGUGGCGGGCUAACACUGAAACGGAUACCCUGCCAGCUUCCACAUUGUUACGAACACUGUAUGCUAAUAGGGAGUCUGUUAUCCGCAGCAGUGCCCGCCCCCAGUGUUUUAGUGGCGAUAGUACACAGGCGGUUGACUCGGUUGAUAUGCUCACCCCUCCCAGUAAUGAGGGGAAUCUCAAGGAGCAAUUAACCCUAAAUAUCCCUCAGAUCACUGUGAGCAGUAGUAAAUGUGUCCAGGGGGGUUACACAAAUCCGUUGUCUGUCACGGUUCACAGCACCCUCCCAGACAGCUUCUCAAUGACACCGCCAUCCUCUGUGUCACCCGAGGACAAGGUCACAACCUCUUUCAUGGAGACAAACUUUGACCCCAGUCCAGUGUCGUGUCACAUGGUGACGGGUCCUACGGCAACAAACCCGGUGAAGUCCAUGGCCCUGUCCCCCCAGUCACAGGUGAUGCCAGCACAUACGGACUACAAUACUUGUAGUAAGGUUGGUGGGUAUGGCAAUAUGAGUCCGUAUCAGAUCGCAGAGUACCAACAGUACCUACACAACGGAGCCCCAAACUCUCUGUAUGACACACGACCAGAGGGCUGGUACCCUGUCUCCUACACAUCCUAACCGAAUGUCCAGGCCAUCCUAAUCAAUAUGUUUUACCGACUAUUAUAAUUUUAAGAAUAUUAAAAUUUUGUGAUGAUUAUUAAUGAGGGCUAUUCCAGUAAAAUAAAUAUGCUAUGAGAGGACUCCAGUAAUAAAGGAAUUCUACACAUGGUGAGUACUGGAGCAAAUGAGGCUUUUUAUUAUAGUACUGUUUGAAUUGCAUGGUCCCUGUCUGACGAACCUGGAGUCCUCCCAUUGGGUAGAUAUUGUACCCUGGAAGUCAUCUCAUUGGGUAGAUUUUGUAUCCUCGAGUCCUCCCAUUGGGUAGAUAUUGUACCCCGGAGUCCUCCCAUUGGGUAGAUAUUGUACCCGGGAGUCCUCCCAUUGGGUAGAUAUUGUACCCUGGAGUCCUCCCAUUGGGUAGAUAUUGUACACUGGAGUCCUCCCAUUGGGUAGAUAUUGUACCCGGGAGUCCUCCCAUUGGGUAGAUAUUGUACCCUGGAGUCCUCCCAUUGGGUAGAUAUUGUACCCCGGAGUCCUCCCAUUAGGUAGAUAUUGUACCCUGGAAUCCUCCCAUUGGGUAGAUAUUGUACCCCAGAGUCAUCCCAUUGGGUAGAUAUUGUACACUGGAGUCCUCCCAUUGGGUAGAUAUUGUACCCUGGAAUCCUCCCAUUGGGUAGAUAUUGUACCCCAGAGUCAUCCCAUUGGGUAGAUAUUGUACACUGGAGUCCUCCCAUUGGGUAGAUAUUGUACACUGGAGUCCUCCCAUUGGGUAGAUAUUGUACCCUGGAGUCCUCCCAUUGGGUAGAUAUUGUAUCCUGGAAUCCUCCCAUUGGGUAGAUAUUGUACCCCGGAGUCAUCCCAUUGGGUAGAUAUUGUACCCGGGAGUCCUCCCAUUGGGUAGAUAUUGUACCCUGGAGUCCUCCCAUUGGGUAGACAUUGUACCCUGGAAUCCUCCCAUUGGGUAGAUAUUGUACCCCGGAGUCCUCCCAUUGGGUAGAUAUUGUACACUGGAGUCCUCCCAUUGGGUAGAUAUUGUACCCGGGAGUCAUCCCAUUGGGUAGAUAUUGUACCCGGGACUCCUC